CGGUGUGGUACAUCGCUGUAGUCUUUGACUCAAGUGCCAUUUGAGCUAGUGAUACUCUCAGGUGUCAAGGCGGAUCCGCCCCAUCCCAACAUCAAUGUCCAACGCCGAGUCGCUUGCAGACGUCGCGUCAGUGACCCCUUCACCUGCGAGCGACGAGCCCGUGUCGAUGGAGGCGGACAGCAGCGAUGACGCACCCUUGCGUCGCACGCAGUCUCAGGCCUUCAAGCGGAUCAAGAUCGACGAGGUAGCCAAGUCCGUAGAGGAGCGGGACGAGCCCGUCCAGGAGCUCCGCAAGGCACUCUCGCAGCUCUGCCGGCGGCGGGCCGACGCCGACGCCGACGCCGAGGACCUGGCCACCGCGCGCGAGCGCGCUGAGGAGCAGCUGCGGCAGGUGGAGCGCCUGCAGCAAGGCUUCCGGAACUUCGGGGAGGACCUGAUGGAGGGCAUGCUCGCGGAGGAGGACCGUUCGGAUGCAACUCCGAGGAGGACCGCGCAGUGCGCAAGCAGACGCUCCAGGGCAUCCAGGGCCUCCUGGACGAGGUCGACGGUGCGAAGCCGCGCGUCGCGCAGCUCCGGAAGAGGCUGGCCGCAGAGCUCGAGCGGCUGGGCCCGGAGCCCUCUCUGGCCGAGGCGGAGCCCAGGGCGGCCCCCGAGGCGGCCCCCGAGCCCGCGGCGCCCCCAGAGCCCGGGGGCCCCUGCGGGCCCGCCGCGCCCGCGCCCGCGCCAGGCCCGGCCAGCCAGGUCGCAGGGCACCAACUUGAUGCCCGCGCCGAGCUGGGCCACCCGGAUCGUGGGCCCAAGGUGGGUGCAUGUACGAUCCCGGAUCGAAGGUUCACGGGCCCCCCCCGCCCACAGAUGGGAUGGGCCCCAGGGUUCCGCAGGCCCCCCCCCCCGAUAGUUUGGGGGGUGACGACGACGG